GAAACUUCCUUUCUCCCCUGUCAUAAAAACCCCAUUCUCUUCUUCCUCUCCCAGAAGAAACCCCAUUUUCCCCAUCAUUUCUCUCUUUAGGAACCAAAAUGAGUGACGAUGAUAUUAAUUUUUCCCAAAGGGGAUAUGUAGCGACACCACGAGGCUAUGCACUUAGCGGAAAAAUCAUGUUAAGUGCAAUCAUAAUCCUGUUCACGGUUGUGAUUCUCAUUGUUUGUUUUCAUAUCUAUGCACGUUGGUUUUUACAACAUCACCGUCCUCGGCCGAGCAAUCUGAGUCGGAAUCGUCGCCGUAGACGACACCGGAGAACUCACCGAACUCAUUUUAUCUUCACCUCAAACCCGCUUCCGGGAGACACGGUUUUCGCAGUUUCUCGUGGUCUUGAUUCGAAUGUGCUCAAGUCUAUUCCUGUAUUCACUUACUCGGCGGAUACUCAUAAACAAAAGGAUGAUCAAAAUGGUGGUGGUGCUGCGGAGGAUGGUGAUCAUGAUGUUUUAGAAUGUGCCGUGUGUUUAUCUGAAUUCGAAGAGAAUGAAAUCGGCAGGAUAUUGCCGAAAUGCAAACAUAGUUUCCAUGUCGAAUGUAUUGAUAUGUGGUUUCAUUCUCAUUCUACUUGCCCACUCUGCAGAACCCCUGUUACUCCAGAAACAGCAACAACAACAACUGAAUCAUCAUCAGCAGCAUCAGAAACAGCUACAAUUCAUGAAUUAACUCGAAUCGUAAUUGAUUCUUCAUCAGCAGAACAAAAUUCUAGUUCUAAUCAACCUUGCACAUCUUGUAGAAAUGAAGGGUCCAGUAGUUCUGUCUCUGGGUCUGGGUCAUCUUCAACUUCUGUUUCGCCAUUAUCAAUUGAAGUUCGAAAACCAGAGGAAUCAAAUCUGAAGAGUUUGAUAGAAGAAACAGCAGGUCAACAAGGGUUAAAAUCACCAGGGAGUAGAAUGCUUUCGUUGAAGAGGAUAUUAAGCAGAGAAAGAAGAAUGUCUUCAAUGAGUAAUUCGUUGAGUUUCUGUAGUUAUGUCACCGACAAUACUGUUGAUCAUGAUGAAGAAAAUCAGGUUCAAGUUCAACAACCAAGAUGACGGGUAUGAGAAACGGUCAGUCAACGGUUAUCUCUGAAUAGGGAUGAAGAGACGUGGAGAAAUGUAAUGUUGUUCAUCUGUAGACCGGGAAGGUAUGGGUGAAUUUCCCGCCAUUGACUAUAAAAGUUACUGCAAUUUGUAGAUACGGUAAAAAAGAAGUAGGGGUUUAAUGCUAUUUUAUUUUUUUAUUUGUUACCUCCGUGUAUAUUUAAGAUUUUAAUGUAAUCAAAAGAACGUAUUCGCGUUUAAUUAGUUGGUUUGGAGCCUGACUCUAAGUUGAAUUUUCAGAUAUGAGCGUGUGUAUCAAACAUAAAUCGUUGAUUAAUAUCCGAAUACAUUUAUGUA